UGCAGGCAGAGGGUUGGACGAGAACGGCAUCAAGACUGGUAUUUGGGCUCUUGCUCCUGAUUUCAACAUUCUCAUUAAUCUUUCUAUAGUUUGGACUAAUCGAAUCAAAUUAUUUUGGAGCCUAAUUGAAGGACAACAAUUUGAUGGGGACAGGAAUCAAGUGGGAACAGGACGAGGGAAUUUGGUGGAGACGGACGGUGAAUCGGUGUGCUUUGUGUCUACUGAAGACGGGACAGGGAUCUCAGGUAGUCACUGAAGGAACAUUUCAGAUUUCUGGGCUGUCCCGAAUUCAGACUCGGCCCGGGUCACCGAACUGCGGGUGGACGGGACGCUGCCGGCACUCUAUUCGCUUGACGCAUGCGCUGCCGGCGAUGGGCUGUAACCAACGCGUCACCCGGGCAACGAAAUGCCACGGGGCAGCGGCGGUGGCAGCAUGGCCAGGGUCUGGGCAGCAAUACAGUAUAUCCGGUAACUUGGGAAAGAAGCCAGAGAGUAAAAUUGGAUAUACAUUGGGAGCAAGGACGGCGGCUCGAUUCUCGCCUGCAGUAGAGAGCAUAUCACCUGGCCCAGCAGUGUACCAGAAAAGACUUGGAAGAGGUCAUGGUUUCAAACCAUCAAGUGCACCAUUUGGUUCCACAUCUCAAAGGAAUAAAGAGAGCUCAAGUAAACUUCAAGUUCCUGGUCCUGGUACAUAUGACCUCAACACACCAAGAAACAGACAUGUUAUGUGGCCAAUGAAGUUUGAUGCUCCGGACUGGAGUUUAGUUGCUGCUCCUAAAAAGCGCACCUUGCGGAUUGAGCUUGCUGGCGACAAGGAGUUCCGGAAACACAGAAAUAGAGUGGCAUAUUUCAGCUUGUACUACACUUGACGAUGUUAAAGACUGGAUGUUAAUACAACUGGCAUGAAUUAUCAUUCACUACACCGUCACUGGUACCAUUUCUGGAUCACAGAAGUCUUUUAUAAUGUUGUCCACAACAUAAUCUGAGAUUAUUUGUCAGUGUAAUAGAUUUCAUUAAACAAAUAUAAUUCAGUGAAUGUGUUAUCUUUCAUAGUUAGUGAACAGUUCACUGUGUCAAUUGCAGACUGCUGAAAUAUUUCAGGAUAAUCAGUAAAAACUUACUGCUAGAUCUCAUUGAAACCUAUCAAAUAUUGAAAGACCUUGAUAGAGUUAACAUGGAGAGGAAGCUUCCUAUAGUGGGGAAGUCUCGGACCAGAGGACACAACCUUAGAAUAGAAGGAUGUCCUUUUAGAGCAGAAAUGAGGAGGAACCACUUUAGCCACAGUGGUGAACCUGUGGAAUUCACUGCCACAGAUGGCUGUGAAGGCGAAGUCAUUGGGUAUACUUAAAGCAGCAGUUGAUAGGUUAUCAGUUAGUAAAUGUGUCAAAGGUUACGGGGAGAAGGCAGGAGAAAUUACUAAUAUGGCAGGGGGAUGGGAACCAGUAUGAUAGAGCUGAAGAUGAGUCAGCAGGUUUACAGGUAGAUGGUGGGUGUAACAUGAACGUAAGAAAAGACAAGUCAAUGAUUGGGUACAAAUGCAGAAAAAGCAAAGAGCUAAAUUGUACCACAGACACAAAAUUAAGGGCGAUAAUUUUUGCUGAUUAUCCUGAGGUAUUUCAGAAAUGAAGGUGAUGUAGUUAAAUGCGUGUAGCAUUCAAAAUAAAGUGGAUGAAACCAUGGCGUAAUUAGAGAUUGGUCGGUAUGAUGUUGUGGGCAUCAUUGAGUCAUGACCGAAAGAAGGCCAUGGUUAGGAGCUUAACAUCAAAGGAUAUACUUUGUAUCGAAAGGACAGGCAGGAAGGCAUGGGCGGUGGUGUGGCUCUGUUGGCAAGAGAUGGAAAUACAUCUUUAGAAAGAGGUGACACAGGGUCAAAAAAUGUUGAAUCUUUGUGGGUGGAGUUAAGAAACUGCAAGGGUGAAAAAACCAUUAUGAGAAUCAUAUAUAGACUUCCAAAUAGUAGCCAAGAUGCGGGGUUGAGAUUGCAAAGGGAGCUGGAAAAGGUAUGUAAUUGUGAUAAUGUCACAAUUGUUAUGGGGGACUUCAUGGGAAAAUCAGGUUGGUGUUGGAUCGCAAGAGAGGAAAUUUGUUGAAUGCCUAUGAGAUGGCUUUUUAGAGCAGCUUAUGCUUGAGCCUACUUGGGGAAAGGCUAUCUUAAAUUAGUUGUGUAAUAACCCAGAUCUUAUUAGGGAGCUUAAUGUAAAGGAGCCCUUGGGAGACAGUGAUCAAAAUAUGAUUGAAUUUGAUAGAGAGAUGCAGAAGUCACAUGUAUCAGUAGUGUAGUGGAAUAAAGGGAAUUACAGAGGUAUGAGAGAGGAGCUUGCCCUGGUGGAUUGGAGGAGGAUACUGGCGGGGAUGAUGACAGAGCAAACUUGGUUGAAGCAUCUGGAAAUAGUUCACAAAGUGCAGGAUAGAUAAGUCCUACAAAAGUUGUUCUCGUAUGGCAGGGGUAGGCAACUGUAGCUGACAAGUGAAGUUAAGGACUGCAUAAAAGCCAAGGAAAGGGCAUUGGCGUUUUGCAGCAGCAGUACAGAGCAAAACAUAAAAAUUACUAUAAGUUACAAACACCCUCAUCCUUCCUCAUCUCUUCACUAGGCCUUAAAUAAAUUACACCUUUUAAAUACUGUAUAUUUUGAAAAAAAUAUAGAAUACUUUUCUUUUCUCCACAUCAUCACACUCAGCGUUUUAAAAACAGUUUCUUCAAAUCUGCCAUCAAAUUUCUGAAUGCUCCAUAAGCCCAUGAACAUGACCUCAUUAUUCCUCAUUUGCACAAUUUAUAAUGUCUACUGACAUGAAACAAAUUCACGACAUACAGAACACUCAGUGGUCAUGUUAUUAGUUACUUCCUGUAUCCAAUAAAGUGGACACUGAGUGGUGUUCUUUUGUUGUAGCCCAUCCACAUCAAGGUUCAACAUGUGCAUUCAGUGAUGCUGUUCUACACACUUUAUUGUAACAUGUAGUUAUUUGACUGUCACCUUCCUGUCAGCUUAAACUAGUAUGGCCAUUCUCUUCAAACCUCUCUCAUUAGCAAAGCAUUUUUGCUCACAGAACUGAUGCUCACUGGAUUUUUUUUUUGUUUGUCGCACCAUUCUCUGUAAACUCUAGAGAUUGUUGUGAGUGAAAAUCCCAGGAGAUCAGCAGUCCCAAAGCACCCAGUCCGGCACCAAUAAUCAUUCCACAAAGUCACUUAGAUCACAUUUCUUCCCCAUUCUGAUGCUUAGUCUGAAUAACAACUGAAGCUUUUGACCACGUCUGCAUGCAAAAUUUUAUAAAUUGAGUUGCUGCCUCAUGUUUAACUGAUUAGGUAUUUGCAUUAACAAGUAAGUGUACCUAAUAAAGUGGCCACCGAGUAUAUAAAUGUGAUAAUAAACCUGAUUCUGAUUAAGGAAGAAUGACUUCUGUGGCUGAAUAAACACAAUCUAGAUAUUUAACUGUGCUUUUGAUUUUUUUGUGACAAGAUGUAGAUCAUCAUGUAGGAUGUCAUUUAGGUCUCUGAUGUCUAUGCUGACUCUCAGAACAUUCCCAUCCAUCAUA